GGAAAACUCCGUCGUCAAGGUCCAACAGAAGGCCGGAAAAGCGUUGCGUUUGGCUCGUUAUAAAAGCAGACGAUCAUUGGAACAAACGAUCACAGUUCACUUGCAACGUUUUCGCGAUCAUAUCCAAUCGAUCAAAGCACUCAACUGUGACCAUGAAGGGAUUCAUCGCGAUCGCUGUGUUGGCUCUGGCCACUGUCUCCCAGGGAUUAUAUCUGCCAGCGGUGCAGUCGGUCCUUCCGUACGCCUACAGCUCUGGCCUCCAUGGCCUGGGUGCCUAUGAUGGUCUGGGCCAUUACUCGUCGCUCGGUGGACUGGGAUACUCGUCCGUGCUGGACCAUGGCCUUUCCUACCCGUACUCGGCCGCUCUUCCGUACUCUGUCUACAACAACGGUCUGUAUGGAGGAUACUAUGGUGCCAAGUACGCCCCAACGGUGGUCCAGGCCAACGUGAACACUCUGAAGACGGUCAGCCCGCUUGGUCUGUAUGGAGGAUACGGUGUGGAGCACGGAUACGGUCUCGGUCACGGAUACGGCUACGGAUACAACAACUACCUCCCAGUCCAGGGUCAUGCUGCGAAGUACGUUGCUGCCAACCCAGGAGCCGUUCAUGUGGCUCAGGACAACGUGAACACUCUGAAGACGGUCAGCCCGCUGGAUCUGUAUGGAGGAUACGGUGUGGAGCACGGAUACGGACUCGGUCACGGAUACGGCUACGGAUACAACAACUACCUCCCAGUCCAGGGCCAUGCUGCGAAGUACGUUGCUGCCAACCCGGGAGCCGUCCAUGUGGCUCCUCUACCAGGCCAUCUAGUCAACCAGAAGUCGAUUGUGGCGUAAAUGACUGUGAUCUCGAUCAAACGUGUAUGGAAUUGUAAAUAA